GGCUGCCCUUCACCUCCCCUUACCGUGCGGCCCGGGCGGGACAGGGCUGGGAUGGGCUGCAGAGCUGCGCAGAGCUCCGGGGUUCCCCGCGGCCGCCUUCUCUCCUCCGCGGCCUGGCCGGGCGCUGCGCAGUUCCCAGGCUCCUCGGGUGGCGGAGGCGCCGCUGGGUGCCCGCCCCUGCAGCGGGAAGGCGGCGCUGGAGUCCCUCUGAGGCGGCUCUGGCGGCGCGGCCCUGCGGGCCUGGCUACGCACCUUACCGCGGAGCGGGAAAGGGGCGGUCUGUCCUCAGACCGAGAGAAGAGGGUCCCCCCAGGGCUGGGGGAGGCGGGGACAGACUGGGGGCGAGUGGCGAAGAGCGAACUUGGAAACGCGCCGGCGCUGCCUCGGAGUCUGAAAAUCACCGUGUCUGUUGCUCGGCAGAACUAAAAUUGUGGAAGGCGGUCUGAUAGGGGUGUGCUGGAUGACGGAAGAGACCUCAAAGAGUAGGGGAAGCUGACAGAUGAACCAGCAUCGUAGUUGAGAUGACUUGCACUUCCUGCCAAGAAAUAAAGAUAUAAAAUCUUAAAAGUUAGCAGAAUAAAAGAACAUACAGAUCUAAUCUGAUGCAGACCUGUGGUAGAAUCGAUAUACUGGUGAGUAUCAAGAUUGUUCUUUAACUAGCCAUGCUAAAGGAGAAGAAUAUGUUCAUACAGCUUGCUAGUAUACUUCAGAGAGAAUAAAACUGAGGAUUAAGAACUGAUGAAACAGAUUCUAAAAAUGGAAUGGGGAGGAGAGUAUUCACUUGAUUCCUCCAAUUUAGACUGUUUGUUAAAUGUCCUUCCUGGAGAAUUGGAAUUCCAACAAAUCCUGAGUGAUGUUGAUGAGAAAAUAAGGAAGAACUCUUCCAGCAUAGAAAAGUGUCUUAAAGACCUGCAAAAAGAAGUAAAUGAAAUAUAUACUGAUGAAAUUCUACAAACCACAGCUGACUGCAUUCAGUGGCUAAAUAACUGCAAUUUUAGUUCACUCAGACCUUCUUCUACAGACCAUGGAGAGCUGAUGGAGUUCCUUAGGACCCUGCAAAGCUUGCUGAAGAAUGAGCAAAAUCAGGAAGAAAUGGUACUUCACUUCCUUCUGGAUCUCUCUAGUCAGUGUGGCGUCUCAUUUCCCUGCACUCCGAGUGGGACAUCUUUUGAGUUAACAUCUUCUCUUCAUACCAUUGAGGAUGAUUCAGCUAUGGAUGUGAAAUCUCUUUGGGAUGAUGUGAGAUUGCAUCUUCGACAAUUUUUAGUAAAUAGACUUCAAAGUCAAGAAGAAACAAAUGCUACUGCUUUGCAACAACAAAUGGAGUUUAAAACUCAGUGCAUACAGCAACUUUUGUUUCUUUAUCCUGAAUCAGAAGUCUUAACAAAGUAUCAAAAUAUGCAGAAUAAACUGGUUAGCAAUCUUCUACAGAAUUGUAUUUUGUCUAGUUGUGGUGAAACAAAUUUUGAUAAGGUAGUUCAUGGUUACCAAAGUUCCAUACCCACAUUGUGCACAAUGAUAAAAGAGGAUUUGUAUAUACUAAGUGGAACUAUUGAUCCUUCUUCUUCAUUGAAAUUUAUUAAUGAAACUUACCUGGAUACCAUCACAGAAGAAAUGACAGUUCUUCUUGAAAGACUUUGUGAGCUGCAGUUCAAAGAAAAUGCUCUACAUAUAGUUAAAGCAACCAAGAUUUCAAAGAAGCGUAGAGGAACGGUUCACGCUGUGGCCUCCCAAGAAUGCCACAAAAAAGGAAGGAACUUCUGUUUAACAUUGUAUCAACUCAAAUGUCUUUCUCAACUUAUCAAACUCUUCUUAUUAAUGGAGGAAAAAAUUGAAGAGCUCUCUGCAGAAAUUCUGUUGCUGCCUUCAUUUAUGGAGCGAAAUAAGAAUGUUCAAGGAGUUCUGAAGAGAGCUAGUGGGGAGCUUUUAAUAGGAGAAACUAGAGCAAAUGAAACCAGCGUGCUUCCUGAACAGUUACUUCAGGUAGAAGAGCCUAUUUUACUGAAUUUUGGCUGGAGAAAUGCAUUUAAAGACCUGUCUUCUUCUGUGGCUCACUGUGUAACAAUAGCAAUCGAGGAUUUUUCAUCUAAAAUUCUUCAACAUGAGCAGAAAGAAGAGUUUUCAGCUUCAGGCUGUGCAAUGAGUCUUGUAAACAACCAGCAAAUGAGGGAGUCCUGCAGAGCAGUCCAACAGGAGGAGCAACCAAAACGAAUUGCUAAGUUUUGUUUUGACAUCAUGGAAGAACUGGACACAUUGCUUCCAUUGGCUCUGGCAUGCAGAGAUGAUUCUCUUCUUGAAAUUAGAGCAAACUUUGUAGAGGCCUGCAGCAAAGUGGCAACAGCUAUACUGGCAAGACUGGAGGAGAAGACCAAAGACGUUCCCUCCAAGGCUCCCCUGCAAGACUUGUGUGCUGCCCUUUCCACAGCAAUAUAUGUCUUUCAGCAUUUUACAAUGUAUAGCAAUUUAAUGAGAGAAACAAGCAAAAACCCCCUGUUCCUAGUGCUUGUCCAACAGUACCAGGAAUUCAUCAGUGUUCUCCAGCUUCAAGUUACCAACUACUGCAUCAGAGUUUGUGCUACAAGCAUAUUACAGGAUGCUGAGAGCCACCACUGGGAUGACUCCAAAGCUUUUUAUGAGGGGGAAAGAUGCUCAUUCUCUGUCCAGAUGUGGCAUUACUUCUGCUGUGCUACUCAUCAUGAUCUAUGGACUAUUCUACCUCCAAAGACAGCCCAGGAGAUUCUUACAGAUAUACUAGAGCAAUCUUUGGAUAUUCUGUCCUCCAGAUAUUUUCAGGUGUGUCCCAGUUACAAGAGAACACCUCAGAUCAGAAUUGAUAUUGCAGCAAUUUUGAUGUCCACUGAAGAUAUGCUCUGGUCAGUUUGUAGUUCUGUACAGGAGUUUCUGAAUCCACAUGAAGACAGAGAUCUCAAGAUCUAUAAAAUACAUAGCCACUGCAAUAGUCUGAUCUCUGUGCUGGCUAUUUUAACUUCACCACUGAAGAAUGUAUAUGAGACAUUACUGAAUAGUUGUGGUGAAGAUCUUCCUCAAGAGUUUCCAGAAGUCUUUUAUCAUCCAUCACAUUGGUUAUUUUGCAUACCAUCAUCCUGUUUUUUCUUACUGAAGAUUCCAUCAGCCAGAGAAAUGGCCGCCCAGGGUCAGCUGAAACUGCUUUUAUCCCAGCCGUAUUGUAAUUUGAACUUGCUUUUGGAAACAUUGCUACAUCAUGAUUGCCUCUUAGUGAAAAUUUUGCUGAGAAGCUCAAGACAUGAAGCAUUGAAUCGUGAUGAACAAAGUUCUCUCUUAGAACAAGAACAGAUAAAUAACAAAGAGCCUACUCUGAUUGAAACAAUCUUCACUGUAUUGUCUUACUGCACUUUAUCACCCAAAUCUCUUGGCAUUGCUUUUGAGACCUACAUGGAAAAAGAGCAGUUGUGGAGUUGCUUAUACAGUAUGACAGUUUCCAGUUGUGGUGAGUCAGAGCCGGAAGUUAUCAGAUGCUUGAAGUUGACUUUGAUUAAUUCAGUCAAGGGUGUAGUGAAACAGAUUAUUUCUUUGAUGCAUUCAUGGGAGGCAACGGAAAACUAUGGAACUUACCAGCACAAGCAAAUAGUUCCUGAAAGUUUACUGAAAACAGUUCCAAAGGAAUGGAAUUACACUCCUCGGGAAAUGAAGAGAAAAGAAUCUGGGAAAUGCUUCACAAGGCUUGCAGCUCAGGCAGUAUCUAUUGUAAUCAGCAAGUUACCUACAGUGAUUGCAUGUUUGCCUCCCCCAAUUAAGUACUUCUUUUUUCUGGCUGAGAGAAAAAUGUCAAGAAACUUUGCUGAAUUGAAGAAAGGUGGUCUGCUCGUCUGGAACUUGAUUCUAAUUAUAUGUCGGAUAUUUGAGGAUGGAAAUACUGCAGAACUUUUAACAGGUGCAACACUUGACAGAUGGAGCAAAGAAAAACUCGGUUUAGUUCGUGUGUGCUUAGAAAGUAUUAUGGGAAAACAGAAAAGUGGUCCUAAGCAAGUGACCCAGAAGAUUAUACAAAACAUUGAACAGCAAAGACCAAACUGGAUUGAAAACCAGUUGCUGAAGGCAAGAAAAUUGAGCACAGACUGUGCCUCAAACACAAUAGAAGGUGCAACGUUAGAGGAAGGAGGUAUUGCACUUGGAUUCACUGAGCAGAAAAUAAACAUGAUGGUCCUGGAUAUCUGCCACAAACCAGGUGGCAGCGACUACCUGAGGCAAAUUUAUCACAUCAUCCAGCUCAAUGAGGAAUAUUUGAAGGAGCAGCUGUCUUGUGAGAAUUCUUCUGAAGAUGGUGUUAUGUCCAGUCAAUGCCUGCCUUUGACACUGAAGGGCAGAGAAGAGCAGCCUGUCUUCAACCCUUUCCAGGUGUACAGACAAUCUUGUGCAAAAAUAUUCAAUCAGUCAACCAGUACUGAAUGGAACUGGGAUUGGUCAAACUUGCUGCCAAGUUACUUGGGAUUGAAUCAGAUGACCUCCAGGGUGCUGCUGGCACACAGGUGGGAGAUGAAAGAAGAUGCAGAUCUUGAAGAUGAGGAGAAAGUUAUGGUGGAACACUUAAAAAAUGUUUAUUUGACACCAGGCAAUCCUGUCUCAGAGAAUAAAGAAGAACAAUUACCUUGACAGAUUUUGGGUAGCAUUUUUUUUCUGAAUUCAACAUGAUUAACAUAAUGGCUUAGUUAUAACUGACAGGGCUAGAAAGCUCAGGAAUAUGUAUCUCCUGUAGGAGACAGUAGGAGUUUUAAACUAAAGAGUGUUCUCCUGUGAUUGUCUAGUCACCCCAUCCAGGCAGCAAUUGUUCAUACAAGUGUAAAGUGAGCAACAAUAUAUGAAAAUGUCAAUGUCA